CUGAAGCUGAAGAAUCUUCAAUCUAAGAGAAAAAACUGUUUCAGAGUUUUCAAGUUAUUUCUGGGAGUUUUCUAUUUUCUGAUUCUGGCUGGACUCAUGACACGAUAUCUUCUUUUGUCUUUAGAAAACAUCAAAAUGAAAAUCAGUUACAAUCAACUGCAGGCAAAACUUUCAGACAUCAACAAAACUCUUUUGGAUGAAAUAAAUCAGCAGAAAAACAGAACUGAAGGUAAAUCGUGCCCUGAAGGAUGGAUGAGAUUCAGAAACAGAUGUUACUAUAAAUCCACUGAGAAGAAAACUUGGUUUGACAGCAGGAUUUUCUGUCAGGAUAAAGGAUCUGAUCUGCUGGUCAUCAACAGCAAAGAGGAACAGGAGUUUGUAUCUGAAAUGAAUCAGAACGAUGAAUCCUGGAUUGGUGUGGUAGCUCAAUGGUCUGAGAAAAUUACAAUUAAAUGGAAGUGGGUGGAUGGAUCACCGGUUUUACAACAGUUCUGGGAAAACGGGUUUCCAAAAUCUUCAUUCAGCUACUUCGGUGCAGUGGCCGUAAAUGCUGAAGGGAAAUGGACACAGCAGUUAUACCUCCAUGACCUACACUGGAUCUGUGAGAAAUAAAUGUGCUAAUCUGAAAUAUCAGUUAAGAACAACUCUCAUCUAAACAUUAAACAGCAGUCUUGUAAAUAAACAGAUUCCACAAAGUAAACUGAAAAGUUAAAUAUUGAAAGUGAAGUAAAUACACACAAAAACCAAAGCAAAAAGACAUUUUUUUUUCAUAAUUGUGUAUGAUCUUUUCAUUGUUGUGGUAAAUAAAGGACACCACUGAGUUUAAGGCUUUUUCAAUAAUUUUGGCAAAGAAGGCAAACUACAAGUAAACCAAGAAAAGGAACAGAUGAGAAGUUGAGAGCAAUAUAAGAAGAUAAUCUGUUACUUUCAUAUUUGAAUAUAUAAAAGUGCUUUUUCAAACGGUUGAAUUAAGUGUGCAACAUUCUUCUUUUUUUAUGGUUUUGACGCAGCAAUAAAAGGGUUAAAAUGGAAAAGUGUCUUUUGACUGUUUUAGGUUUGUAUUUUGUUAUAUUUAAAUUAUAUUAUUGUGAUAGACGAGAGGGAAUAAAUGCUCUUCCAAAAGUCAGAUUUUUAAAUAAAGAUUGUAAAAAUAGAAAAUGAAUGGUGGAUACAUGCUCCAACAAUUGAACCAAUUAAUUAAUUAAUUGGAUUACUUGUUAAUUAAGUCAGAAUUUAUGCUAAAGGCGUGGUUGAUUAUAAGAAGAAUUUUCCUUUUUUUUAACAUAGAUAAGGAUUUUAUAGUAAUUGCUCCCAAAAAUUAGGUGUAAAUGUAUCUAACUAGCUGUUAUUUGAUUUGAGUUGUAUUUAUAAAAUUCUGGAAGAGAUGUGCCUUAAACUUUUAGAAAAGAUUUUUAAGAUAUUGUUAAGUUAUAGCAUAUUCUGAUCCUCUUAUUGCAUUGAGAUGAUCUUAUGUGACACAGAGUCUUUUAUUUUGAAAAGUCAUAUGAACCUUUGUCAAAAUUUA